UAGAGAGCAAAGACGGGUUUUCAAAAACACACACAUAGCUAGGCUUCACAAUAAUAGGCACAGGGCCAGUUACAGCAAAGCCAUGGCUGAUGGAAGGAUUUAUGUAGGGAACCUUCCACCUGAUGUGCAGGAGAGGGAUAUUGAGGAUCUCUUCUACAAAUAUGGCAAAAUUCGGGAGAUCGAGCUGAAGAACAACAGGGGAACAAUUCCCUUUGCCUUUGUUCGCUUUGAGGAUCCACGGGAUGCUGAAGAUGCUGUGUAUGGGAGGAAUGGCUAUGGCUUUGGAGACUGCAAGCUGCGUGUGGAGUAUCCCCGUUCCUCUGCGUCCAAAUUCAACGGCCCCAUGGGACUGGGUCCUCGAGGGAGGUUUGGACCACCCACUAGGAGGUCUGAGUUCAGAGUAAUAGUGACUGGAUUGCCCCCAACCGGAAGCUGGCAGGACCUAAAGGAUCACAUGAGGGAAGCAGGAGAUGUGUGCUUUGCUGAUGUUCAACGGGACGGUGAGGGAGUCGUCGAGUUCCUGCGGAGAGAAGACAUGGAGUAUGCUCUGCGCAGGCUGGAUAGGACAGAGUUCCGUUCACACCAGGGGGAGACAUCGUUCAUUCGAGUUCACGAAGACAGGGGGGCCAGCUGGGGUCGCUCAAGGUCCCGAUCCAGAUCCCAGGGGCGGUAUAGUCCCCUGUACCAAAGCCGGGGUUCCCCACCACCGCGCUACCAGUCUCCACCCCUGCACCGCCAUUCAAUGUCUCAUCAUAGUCCACCCCCCCGUCGACUCCCACCACAGGCUCACAGCCCACCCCCCCGCCACUAUCGGUAAACCUGCCCAAGG